CCAUCACAUCCGUUCUGGUUUUUGUAGCAUGUUGUACACGUUCUACUAGAUUAUUAUAUUUGUAUUAUUACUGCCAAGUAUAGCUACCAAGUUACACACUGUUAGUGCACGAUAAAACAUAUGGUGUUCAAUGAAGAAAUAAAAAAGAAAAAUCUAACGCUUCACAUAUUUUCGAUCUACGUGACAAAUACUUUGAUCAAUCGAACUCGUACAAAUUUUUGAUACACUACAAAUUCGAAAUUAAAAUAUUUCCCUCCUUCUGACGUACAGUGAUAUAGUUUGCUGUUUCUGUCUAAGAUCAUUAAUUAGUGUUUCAUUUACAUAAAAUAACUGAUUAACGAAUUCACAUCGAAAGGCUAAUCCGAUUAAUUUGUCAGGUAAGGGUAAUUAAGGGUAAUCUGUUAAUUGUGAUAUGACUGACGAAAAUGAUAAAAAUGCACAAGCUGUAACCAGUGGAACCUCGGCUUCGAAAGAAUCAAUAAAAUCUUCUCCUUGUUUAAAGAAAUCGUCAGGUUACAUGGAUCUUCUACCUGCAAUAGAAUCUAAAAACUUACAAAGCGAUAACGAAAAUAAUUCAAGAGAGAAGAAAAAUUCUAAUAAUAAGGAUGCCGCGGAUAAUCCAGGAAAGUUUACAACCGCCAUAGAGGACCUAAAAAAGCGAAGAAUAGAAGAAGUACUGGCAAAGAAAAAACAAGAGGAAGAAGAAAGAGAAAGAUUCGUUAAGGAGUCCGCCGAGAAGAAGGCGGCUGAAAGAGCAGAAAUAAUAAAACAAGCGAAAAGAUUAAUCCUUUACAGAAAACCAAUGUGCAGACGGAUUAAUCGUGCUUUAUUAGUUUCCGAGUGCUACAGAGAGUUGGAUGAGCAACUGAAAUUUCAAGAAACCCUUAAACGUAUGGAUGAGGAGGAAGAGACAAGAUACGUGAACCUGAUGAAAGGAGACGUGGCGAAGUACGAAGAGGAGCAACGACAAACCGCGGCUGAACAACUCGAGAAACAGAGAAAGUAUGCCGGCGGAUUGAAGGAGCAGAUCGAAGAAAACGAAAGGAACACGAUCGAGAAGGAAACCGAAGAAUUUGAAGCCGCGAAGCAGGAUCAAAUUAAUAUCAACAAGUAUUUGCAGGAUAUAAAGGAGCACGAAGAACAAGAAAUGCUGGGCAAAAAACAGAAACUGAAACAAUUCUUCCGAGACGCGAUCGAAGAGAAGAAACGGUUCGAUCUUAAGUUGAAACAGGAGGAAGAGUUUGAAGACCGGGCGAUCGAAGCCUAUCAGAAUGCUAGAACACGAAUUAAAAAACUGCACAAGGAGGUUCAAGCAAAAAGGAGAGCGAACAUUGAGAUCAGAGCUAACGCGAUAUCGGAACAACAUCGAAAGUUCAUGUACUCCACGCAAGAAUCGGAGGUGAAAAUAUUAAGGAAAGCUCUAGAGGAGCAGGAGGCAACGUACCAAGAAAGAAAGAGAAAUGAGAAGGAACGCGAGGCCCGGUCUCGAAAGCAGAGACAAGAUUUUCAUAAAGCAACGACUGCAGCGAGAUUGGAGCAGGUUGGGAAGGCCGAGCAGCUGAAAGCUUGGGAAAUGAUGCAAAGAUUCAAAAGGGCCGAGUAUAACGAGGAAGUCGAGCUCAAAGAACAAGGCGCACAAUGGAAGAAAAAGAUCGAGUAUGGAACUGCGCUGCGAAGACAAAUCAGCCAGCAGGAAGCGCAACGAGAACAAGACAAGCUUCUAGAAGAGAAGGCAACGAGCAUGAGCGAAGUCGUCGAAAAAGAAAAUCAAAGAGUACUUGAUUAUGCGGAGGAAGUUAUCAACGAAUCCAGGAACGUGCGGCCACUCUAUCCAAUCCUCAAAGCCGUAGAGGAAUGUAAGCGGGAAAUGUGUAUGGUACCGUUAAGAAAAAAAGAAGAAACGGCAAUAGCAACGACACCCAAGAGAAGACAACGUCGCCGUGUUUGUACGAAGUUCGUUCCCGAAGAUAAAAUUUGUUAUUUAUAAAAAACCGGAAAACGGUAGAGAAAGCGUUUCAAGAUUCCUCAUAUAUUUACAACAAGCAUCAGAGUGCAUCCUUCGUGCAUCAGAGUUUGAU